AUGUGUACUACUGGCUGCAAGAUCUCUAUUUCUAGUGAAGACACUUGCCAAAAGAGAACAAACAUGAAUGCAGAAUCAUACACUCUCCGUCUUACUGCUCAAAUGGGUGACAAGGGAGAUGAAGAGCAAUGCUGUUACUACAUGUGGAAGCAAAGGUUCCCUGUAAAACGGGAAUGCAUUUCAAAGAAGAGGGCUGAAGUUGAUGAAUGGGUUAUUACUCUAGCUUUUCCCUUUGGAAGGCGGUUGAAUUGCGGGAUGCAAAAGUCUGGUUUGUAUUCCUUUCUUCCUACUGACAUGGAGACUGGGUUCCCAUUUUUAAUCCAGGCAGAUUUCCUUCUAGUUUCUUCAAGGGAGUCGAUACAGCUAAAUAACCCAUGGAAUGAAGGAAUUCUUAGCUGUGUACCUUCUGCAUUUACGAAUGCUUUCACUACACUAAUUAAAGGAGCAAAUGAGGCAUCCUCAUUUUCCAUUCCAUUCUUGUUCUAUUUCAUACCAGUAGAGAAAUCUCAUAUCAAGUUGCUUGACCCUGUGCGACAAUCCAUUAAGGAAAAAAUCAUUGGUGAGCAUAUAAUACCUUGUGAAUUAAACAAUUCCCAAAAGAUGUUUUGUAAGCCCAGUGAAAUCAAGUGGCUUGAUCCUGCAUUUUGGCGUGUUCUGAUUAAAGCACAGAAGUCUGGGGUUGAUAUACUUAACCUGCAUUCACAUGGAAGUCAUAUUGUCAAUGCCUACUUGAAUAACAAUGACUAUAAUAAUGUACUACGAUAUCUGGGAGUGGGCUAUGUUGAUCUAGCAUGGUAUGCAUCAUUCAUACGGGGUUCAAAUUUUCCAAAAGUAAUGCCUGAUGAUAUUUACGUAGAGCUUCUACACUACAUUGCUCAGAAUUGGAACUCUUUUUUUAUGGACUUACCUCUGUUAAGGUUUAUGGAUGCCACUGGCAGCAUAUCUUUGUUAAGUGUAUCACAAGCAACAAAUGGUCAUCAGAAGCUAUGUAUUGCCAACGGUGAUGAUAUCAUCACAUGGCUUAUCAAUUGGAAUCGGGAGUUCAUAUCUGUCUCGAAACUAUAUUUUAUGCCGCAAACCACUCAACUGUCUUUAAUGGCAAAAUCAGGAGUAAUGGAUUGGCUCAAGAAUUCUGUGAAACUGCAGAGUUUAACUCUUUAUGACUAUGGGUCAAUUGUUAUCAAGUCACUAACUAGUAGCAAGCUUGCCAUAACCUUCACUCAUUUUCUAUAUCAUUCUCGUAAGUAUAAUUAUGCUAGUGAAUGGUGCAUAAACACAUUGCUCUCUCAAUUGCCAAUAGUAGAUGAGUACGAAAAACUGAUUGUUCAAAAGACAGAAGUUCUCGUGCCGGACUGCAUGGGCAAAUGGGUAACAUUAAUUGGUUCAAAUCCUUGGAGGGCUCACAACUAUGUUGUACUGAGCAGGGAGUAUUUGGCCGCUGCCAAUUUUGCAGGAAAUGUUACACGUGAAGGACAGAUUCUUCAGUUCCUGCAAGAACAUGGAAAGGCCUCUGAUGUUCCAAAAGUUUAUCCUCCAAAUGCAGCUUUCAUUACUGUUUACUCUCCUUUGACAAAAGAAAAUGCAUUCUUGUUACUUGAAUGGAUUAGAAAUAUAAGAUCUCGUGGGACUGAUCAUAAGCUGCAGAAAUUUUUUAGCAGCAUAAAAACUGGAAGCUGGUUGAAGACAUCAAUUGGUUACAAGCCACCUUCUGAGUCAUUCUUGCUGAGCUCUGAUUGGGGAAGACUACUUCAGGUAGCAUCAACACUUGUCGACAUACCAUUAAUCCAGAAAGAGUUUUAUGGUGAAAAGAUAACGGAGUACACAGAAGAACUUAAAGAAAUUGGCGUCAGAUUUUAUUUUAUGGAUGCAUCAGAAUAUAUUGGUAGCCAUCUCAUCACUGCAACAGCUGACUCCACCUUAAACAGUGCAAAUUUCUAUUCGUUGCUCAAGUUGGUCAGAUAUUUGGGAGAGGUAAAUUUGUCCCCUCAGUAUCUAAUACAGAGCACCAAAACUGCAAGAUGGCUAAAAACAUCAGUUGGCUUCAGAUUCCCAUCAGAGUCCAUAUUGCUUGAUUCAGAAUGGACACUUGCAUCACAUGUCAGUAAUCUUCCCUUCAUAGACACUUCUUUCUAUGGUGAGCAGAUUGCUGAUUACAAGACUGAGUUGCAGUUAUUUGGGAUUUUAGUUGGAUUCAACAAAAAUUAUCAGAUUGUGGUUGAUAACUUUAAAAUGCCUUCAAGCUCUGUUUCUGCUGAUGCUGCCAUUUUCAUACUUGAAUGUAUACGAAAUGCUAACAUUCCUGUUGAUCUCCUCAGAAAUCUAUCACAGACUAAAUGGUUGAAGACCCAGCUUGGCUAUCAAAAUCCAGGUGAAUCUUUCCUGGCUGUCUUAGGAUGGGAAUGCCUUCUUCAGGUUGUCAGCGGCAUUCCGGUAAUAGAUGAGGCAAUGUAUGGCAGUAGAUUAUGGUCAUAUCAGGCAGAGCUAAGGAAAGUUGGAGUAGCAGUAACCAUAGAUGACUUCUCAGAAGCUAUUGCUUCUCGAUUGAAUCUCCUUCUAAAGAUAUCAUUGAUCACAAACCAAAAUGUUCUCGCAUUGUUAACAUGUUAUAGGCAGUUUGUUAAAAAGCAAAUUACAUUCACACAUGAUCUUUCCCUUUUCUCCCUUACGAAGGAAUGGUUGUAUACUAAUCAUGGAUUCAGAUCUCCAAAAGCUUCAAUCCUAUUUGGUCCAGAGUGGGAGCCUAUCUCAACUAUAACAAAUCUUCCAUUUAUCGAUGGUAAUUCUGCAUUCUAUGGUUACUCCAACCAGAUCAAUGAUUUCAAAAAUGAGCUCAAGGUCUUUGGUGUUGUAGUUGACUUCAAAGAGGGAGCUAAAUUUGUCGUAGAUAGUAUCAACCUUCCCAGAGAUCCUUCUAUCAUUAAUCCAGUUAGCAUUAUAUCCUUGCUACGGUGCAUUCACAAUCUGAAGGAAAAUGCAAAAUCUCUUCCUAUGGAGUUCAAGCAAAAGAUGAAAAGUAGAUGGAUAAAAACAGUUCUUGGAUACAAAUCUCCAGAAGAGAGCAUUCUCUUUGAUCCCAAGUGGAGUUUGCAAAGGAAAGACGGUCCCUUUAUUGAUGACAUCUUCUAUGGAUCUGAGCUUGCAUCUUAUAAAUGGGAGCUAAAAGAAAUUGGUGUAUCUGUGGAUGCCACUCAAGCAUGCCUGUUACUGGCACAUCAUAUUAAGUGUCACUCUGAUAUUACUACAAUCUCGAGAGUUUACCUGUUCCUGAAUGAACAUAAAUGGGAGCCUGAUGAUGAAGCUGCAGAGUGGAUUUGGAUCCCACGGGGUGAGCUUCUUGAAUUCUUUUCAAGGGUCUUUGGGGUUCAUCUUGGUCCAUGCGUCGAUGACUACUGCAAGCUCUGGUCGGCGUGGGAAGUUUCAGCUCACCACCAUACUGUUCAGCAAUGCUCUGCUUUCUGGGUCUUCAUUGCGAAGCAUUGGAAUAGAAACACAGAGAAACUUCUGCUCGGAAGCAUAUCAAAAUUACCAGUGCAAAGUAAUGAUGAAGUCAUUCUUUCCAGAAAACAAAACGUAUUCAUUCCUGAUGAUUUCUUUCUGAAGGAAAUGUUUGACAAGGUUUCUGGAACAAUCUUUGUAUGGUAUCCUCAAGUAACCACUCCUGCACUUUCUAGAGCAAAUAUGAACAAGAUCUAUAGCAGCAUUGGCGUCCAAUCAAUUUCCGAGUCUGUAGAAAAGGAUGAGUCUUUCACAGCCACUGGUGCUAAUGUUAGGGAAGUCGAUCAGAAAUCUCUGAUAUUGAGCAAUGGAUUGCUGAGGAUUGUACUUGCUUUUCUUUCCGAUACUUCUCUUGAUAUAAUUGCUACUGAAAGGCAUCGUCUUGUCAAAUAUUUGCUUGAUUUAGAAGUCUUCGAAAUUGAUGAGCCUGUUACAGUUAGCUAUAAGCUGACACUAUCCUCUCGAACUAUUUUAGAUUCAAAAGCUAUUAGAAUGUUCCGUUGGGAAAAAGAUAAGGCGAAGUUAUUCUUACAAAGAGAUGAAGGUGGAACGAAACGAAAAAGACACAACAUUGAAUAUGCAACAAAUUUUGCUGAUGUGAUAGCAAAGGGCUUAUUGUCUGAAAUGCCUGACCAGAUUGCUUCACUUGCUGAGCUCAUUAGGCUUGGUUGCUUGUUGGACUUUGAGGAAGAUGCAGUGGACUACUUGUUGAAGACUAAAAAUCUCGAGUUGUUUCCUGAAGACAAAGAGUUUCUAUCAUCUAUUUUGUCUACAAAGAAUGCGGGAAAGAUUGAAGCUGGAGAAACUGCCACAGUCGGCAGCUACCUGCUAUUUGGAAUCCUUAUCGUCCUUCUGUAG